GCUUUUGUUUAAAUGUCCACAAAAUAAUAAACACUGGUUGCCUUUUCCAUUAAUGAAGGACAGUACAUGUAUUAAUGUAUUUUAUACUUAGAAUUUGAAAAAAUUAAAGUUUCUGUACUGGAACAACAAAAGGGACACGCUUUUGUGAUUGCCUAUGGAUUGUUAGUACAUGUACUGGUAUUUACACUUGCAGUGAUUUGACAGCAACAUUGAUAGGUGCACAAAACAUGGUGUCAAUGCAGCCUGUAAAUAUUAAAUUGUGUCAAUUAAUUACACCGCCUCAUCCCCUCUGGCCGUGGAUCAUCAAAUUUUGUGUGGGUUUUUACCUACACGUGAGUCACCAUGAGAUGGGGUCUGGUCAUGGCGUAGUUUUAGUUAAAAACAAUCUAUUAUGCGGAUUCUGGAAUUCAGUCAACCAAAACUGUGCUAUAUGUCUUGCAUAUUGGUAUCGUUUUUUGUUGUCACAUGUUUGUGAAUGAACCAGUUCAAUAGCCUUGUCUGUGUGUAGAAUCGGUGGUAAAUGCAGGGACCCCAUUCAUUACCUACACCAAUAUUUGCCAUGCUUCAGUGAUGUAUUAAACAAUCUGGAUAAAUAACAAAUGGCUGAUCUACAGGACAAUUACUUAGUUGUCACCAUGACAAUACAUGUACAGCAGUGACCCCCAUUAUGGAUGAGGAUCAUCGAAGAAACGAGUACCAAAGCAUACACCUUGGGAGGAUAUCUCAGAGAUUGCCGGGGACGGAGGACAGUGAGGGGACAGAGGACAAACAGGACAGUGGGGCGGGGGAGAAUGUGAAGGAGGGAGAGAAGCUGAGGGUGGCUCUACCUGAGAAUUACCUGCAGCCACUGGAGGCCAAGGCACUGGUCCACCUCAGCCAAAAGAUGGGACCCACCCCCAAAACUCAUCUCAAAGGUGAGAGAGGCAAGGAGUGUGAUUACAAAAGAUCCCCCCACGACCGGUUUGAUUAGAUGAAGCAGAGGUAGCCAUGAAUCGGCC